AUGCUCGCCCUUGUCCAGACCCUGCUUGACUUUAACAGUCAUGUUACCCUCUUCCAGCGCAUGAUGUUCCUUGUCACCUUUUGCUUCUCCGGAAUCAUUGUCGCGGUUCAGGCAUCCCAGGUUGGCGAGGACGACCGCCGACGCAUUCAGUGGACGCGCUUGACGGACCAGACCCGCCCAUACUGGUACACGUUCUACUUCACCCAAGUCUUCCUCUUCGUCUCCGGCGCCUACCCUAUGCUCCAUGACAAGAUGACUAUGUACAUUGGCAGCGGCUACGAGGAGCAGAUUCUGAACAUCAUCUGGGUCGGCCUCUUGAGCGUCGAAGCCCUGAUGGUCGCCGGCGUCGCUGGCAUUGCCAUCACUCGCAAGUUCAAGGGCGUCCCCAAGCAGAAGACCACCUAG